AUGCCCAGCUUGGUGAGAAAGCUAGUCAUUUUCGCAGCAGUCGACGGCCUCAUUCUACAGCCAAAUGGCGGCGCACAACGGAACAGCUCGAGCAAUGGAAACUCGUCCUCUCUCCAGAUCGAUUACAAGACGCGCAAAAUCACGUCGCUUUCGCAAGCCCGUCCGGAAUCGACAGCGAGACUGACUCCAAGUCUGGAAGCGUAUGGACUCGUGGGUAUACUUAAUAUUGAUUCCUACUCUUACCUUAUAUCCAUCACUCAGCGCAAGGAAGUUACCCAGAUAUUAGGCAAGGCAAUAUAUGCGAUAACGAAUGUUGCCAUCAUUCCGCUGUCGUCACAAGCCGAUGCAAGUCGUGCUAUCCUCCAGGCGCAAAAGACAUUGAGACAAGUAGAAACCGAGUCUGAUCAGGGCUCGGUCGACGAGGACGAGGGCCUCUCAGCCUGCGACGCCGAUAGUGGCGACGAAGGUCUACUGAAUUCACCCGCGGUGAACUUCGACAAUCAAGAGGAACCGGAUCAUGCAAGGGUUGCACAAAAUGUCAUUGGCAAUAAAGGCCGCAAUAGCCGAUUUGUGCUCAAUUGGUUUUCCAGGAAGCCAUGGGGACUUGCGGCAUCUCCUCCGAAGACUUCCCUUGCCAACUCCGACGCUGACAUUUCCGACAUCGAAGAAACUAGAGUUGGCAGUCCGACAAGCCAGCCCCUUGCUGCAGUUUCCGAUAUCAAAACUGAAGCCGAGGCUACGCACGUUGUCAAAGAGGCUACCGGGAAGGCCGAUGCUCUACCUCGGGUCACGCCCAGCAAGGCCCUCGAGUUGAUGCCUAAGCUUUUGAGAUACACAAAGUUAAUUUUUGCAUCUGAUAAUUUUUUCUUUUCUUACGAUUAUGAUCUCACUCGGCAUUAUUCCUCGCAAGAUCCGAAAGCCGCCCAGCUGCCGCUACAUGUGCAUGCAGAUCGACUGUAUUUCUGGAAUAAGCAUUUGAUGAAGCCCUUUAUUGAUAGUGACAAUAGCUCGCAUUCAUUUGUGUUGCCACUGAUCCAGGGUUUUGUCGGUCAGCGAGAGUUCACAGUUUCAUCGCUGACGGAUGAAGCCCAAAGCUCUGACAAGGAUGAUGCGCCUGACAGAUCUAACCUCCCAGAUCCUGCAUUAGCAGAAAAACGCGAUAUAGGAAGCAAAGAGACACAGGAGCCUUUGCGAGAACCGAACAAGCAGAAUUUCCUUAUCACGCUGAUUUCUCGGCGUUCCAUCCAACGUCCCGGCUUGAGAUAUCUCCGUCGCGGCGUGGAUGACGAGGGAAACACAGCCAAUACCGUGGAAACGGAGCAAAUUUUGUCAACCCCAGGCUGGGAGCCAUCUCGAAAGUCACCUUAUUCCUUGAAACCGACGCCAAUCCUUCACCACUCUUACGAAACGAACCAGCUUGCUUUUUCCCGCCAUUUCCGUGAUUUAUCGACUAAAUAUGGGAAAAUACAAGUCGUAUCUCUUGUCGACAAGCACGGCGUAGAAGCGAAAAUUGGCGAAACGUACGAGUCCUAUACACGAGCCUUCAACAAUGAUAACAAAGGCCCCAAUUUUCUCACCCUAGGUUUUGAGUGGUUUGCCUUUCAUCAGGAAUGUCGCGGAAUGAAGUUUGAGAAUGUCAAACGGUUGGUUGAUAAGUUAGACAGCACUUUGGAAGAUUUUGGGGAGUCUAUACUCCUGGGAAAUACAGUGUUGAAGGAACAGACCGGUAUCGUACGCACAAACUGUAUGGAUUGUUUGGAUCGCACGGGGGUCGCCCAAUGCGCGUUUGGUCAGAGGGCCUUGGAAAAGGCACUGAAGAGCGAAGGGUUUACAAUCGAUCUUUUGGGGGACGCUUCGACGCAAUGGUUCAAUACUCUAUGGGCUGAUAAUGGAGACGCUAUUUCAAAACAGUAUUCUUCAACGGCAGCAUUGAAAGGAGAUUACACGCGAACCAGGAAGAGAAACUAUCGUGGUGCUUUGAACGAUUUUGGUCUGACGCUCUCCCGGUACUAUAAUAACCUCGUGAAUGAUUAUUUCUCGCAAGCCUGUAUUGACUACCUACUCGGUAACGUGUCGAUUCAGGUCUUUUCUGAAUUUCAAGAUAACCUGAAAACCAUCGACCCUGGAAUCUCGGUGGCCAAACUGCGUCAAAAUGCCAUUGAGACAUGCAGUAAACUGGUCGUGGACGACCAGGUGGAGGAACUUGUUGGAGGCUGGGCCAUGCUCAGCCCACGACAGCCCAACACGUUACGCACUUUCCCUUUUGAAGAGACGGUUCUGCUUCUGACAGACGCCGCACUAUAUAACUGUCGAUUUGAUUGGAAUACGGAUAAGGUCCUGUCCUUUGAGCGAAUAAACCUCAGCUCGAUUCGACAUAUCAACCACGGAACAUAUAUCACCUCCGUUUUAACCGACGCGCAAACCGAUGAGCAGCGCAAUGUCGGUCUAGUGAUAGUCUAUCAAGACAGCGAUGCCAACGCUCUGCGCGUAAACACGAGGACUCUGCAGAGCAGUUUUAGCCAGAAUUUGCAGGAUACGUCGGACAAAAGUGAUGAAUGGAAUAUGUAUUCCUGGCUCAGUGGCACCACAAGAACGUCGAUGCGAUUCAUGGCGUUCAAGGCGCUGGCAAAUUCAACUUCAGCCACAACAGCCAUGUCCGCUGGAAUUGUUGUCAGCGAGAGGACGGCCAUACAGUCCAUUUGCGAGGAGAUUGAGCGCGCUACGAAAGCAGUACAGCGGUGGGAUGAUGAGACGCAGUCAAUCAUUGAAGAUAAAGAAAUUAUCUCUCUCGCCGAAGCUAAGAAGCGCACAGGAUAUCUAGAGCAGCUGGUUUAUGAUGUCAAAAAGCUGGUGUGGGCAUGA